GAUCAUCUCGAGGCAGGAGAUCGAAGAAGCGCAGAGGAAGCGCGAGAAGGAGGACAGGGUCGACGAGCAGCGGAAGCGGGCGAGGCUUGCGAAGGAGAAGAAGGCGGCGGAGGCCCCGUGGUGGGAAGACGACGUGGGUGGCGGCCUGAACUCGCCGCCCCUGAAGAGGCAGAAGGGGCACUCCGCGUGGGAGCAAAAGGA